GAAUACUGAAGCGAAAAACAGCUUCUCGGAGAAGUUUGGGAUUUGUGCGAAAAACUGAUGGUCGCCAGCCUUGCGACACCAGACCAGGGUCACUGACGUACUUGGAACCAAAUAAUUCGUGACAGGUCCUAAUCUCGGGCCAACAGAUUGUACAUUCGACACUCCCCCAAUUGCAUCGAGUCUUAGCGCAAAGAUGAGCACGAAACCAACGAUUGCGCCUCUGGCAACAUUGACGCCAGCUUCCAACACACGCACAUGGCUCUCGUCGCCUCACCCGAACCUCCCCAUCGUCGCAACGGCAUGCAGUGACCGCAGCGUGCGCGUCUACUCGCUCAACUCGUUCAACCUCGUCAGCAACAUCACCGGCGGCCACAAACGCAGUAUCCGCAGUGUAGCUUGGAAACCCGACAGUGGAACCUCUGCUCUGGGCGAGAGUGUGCUUGCAACAGGCAGUUUCGACGCCAGCGCCGGCAUCUGGAGACGAUGGGAGGGCACAAGCGGCAAACUGAACAAGUCGGUGGACAACGAGGUCGACUUUACAAAAGAUGGCGGAGAUGACGAGGACGAUGAGUGGCGCUUUGCUGUCGUCCUCGACGGCCACGAGUCGGAGAUCAAGAGUUUGGCUUUCAGUCCUACUUCGCCCUUGCUUGCUACAUGCAGCCGUGAUAAGAGUGUGUGGAUCUGGGAAGAGCUGGAGGACGACAACUUUGAGACUGUCGCUGUCUUACAAGAGCAUGAGGGCGACGUCAAGUGUGUCUGCUGGCAUCCUUCAGAAGAACUACUAGCCUCAUCCAGUUACGAUGACAACAUUCGCCUAUGGAGAGAGGACAUUGACGACUGGGGUUGCUGCGCUGUGCUUACAGGUCACGGUGGCACAGUCUGGUGGGUCGAAUUCGAGGGCGCCACACAGCCAGGUCUCAAAGCAGAAACAGAGCAGCAAAAGCGACUCCUAGAGCUCAGAGAAGCUGCUGGUCCACGCCUUGUCAGUUGUUCAGACGAUCUCAGCAUCCGUGUCUGGCGACGCAUCCCCAAGGACAGACCCAAUGGUGCCCCCCAAACUGGUCCCAGAAUCCCCAGCAUCAUCAAGACAAAUACCAUCGAGGAGGAAUGGGUACCGGAAACCGCUCUGCCCCAACAACAUACACGCGCAGUCUACUCCGUCUCGUGGAGCAAAACCACAGGUCGUCUUGUUAGUGCAGGCAGUGAUGGCAAGAUCAUAGUCUAUGAGGAGCGAUGGGCAGCCGACCAGGCUACAACACAAAUAGAGACCACAGACGGUCCCAAGGAGAUCGCAAAGACAGAAUGGGUUGUUGUGGCCGAGGUCGGUGACGCGCACGAUGUCUUUGAGGUCAACCACGUGUGUUGGGCCAAGCGUAGCGACUCUGGUCGUCGCAGCGACAAUGAGGAGAUCAUCAUCAGUACUGGAGACGAUGGUGAGGUGCGCGUAUGGACUCUUGAGAACUUGUCAUGAUACGAUUUCGUAUGAACUGGAUAUGCGUUUCAUGCACAAUUCCUCGACACCCCCAUCGUCUGUGGUCAAGAAGAUCUGAUGAGUUGCUGGUGUCAAACCAGAUUGACACACGAAUGGACGGAGAAGCAUAUGCAGUCCCAGACGAAUCUCGAGUGGCGAGGAUAAGGAACCAAGCAAUGCUGCAGAUACGUGUCUCGGAGACCCUGCUACGAUAGCUCGCUAUGCACCUGAUGCUGCCCCCCACAUGUAUAGAUACACAUAGACGAUAUCAAGAUUAAUGAUGUUAUACACAUUUUCAAAACCAACUGAC